AUGUCAAAAAAAAUCAAAACUGACGAUAAUAAAAUUGAUCCUUCUUUUUUCAAAGGCUCUCAAACUCGAAUUUUUCGGCCCUUUCGUGCUAUUGGAUAUGUUACAAAUAACGUACCAUUUGACCUUCAAACAAGAGGGAAUGCAUAUUUUGUUACAACAUGUAUAGGCAAUAGCUUUCACAUAUAUGAUUGUGCUAAACUUAAUUUGAAAUACGUAGGUACACAAACAGAGAAACCUAUAACAGCACUUACUUCGUACGGAGACGUUGUUUUUGUAGCUUGUGCAAAGGAUCUAAUUGCUUUCAAAUUUGGUAAAGAGAUUUCGCGCUAUCAUGGAAAUCAUCAAGGAAACAUCUUUUUUUUGUCGAUUUUUAGUAAUUAUAUCAUGGCUCUGAACGAGGACAAUGUCGUUAUACUCUGGGAUCAUAAGUCUGGAGAAUUAUGUUCUGAAAUUCAAUUUGAUGAAAAUUUCACGGUCUCAACUAUUAUUCAUCCAAGCACGUAUUUGAACAAAGUAUUACUUGGCAGUAGGCAAGGAACAAUGCAAAUUUGGAAUAUCCGGACAAAAAAAUUGAAAUAUUCAUUUUCUUCGAUCGGAUCUUCAAUUACGUCACUCGUACAAUCGCCCGUUGUUGAUGUUGUCGCAAUUGGUCUACUUGAUGGUACAAUAGUCCUUCAUAAUAUCAAGUUGGAUGAACGUAUUAUGUCUUACAAACAAGAGGGCUGUGUUACAUCUUUAACUUUCAGAACAGAUGAUCGACCCAUAAUGGCGUCCGCUAAUAUGUACGGUGAUAUAGCUCUUUGGAACCUUGAUGAGAAACGAUUAUCACAUAUUAUCAAAGGUGCUCAUGAUGGAUUAAUCCCUUCAAUACAGUUUCUUAAUGGCCAGCCUAUAUUACUUACUUCUGGUGCUGAUAAUUCUAUAAAGGAAUGGAUUUUCGACACUUUGGAUGGAGUUGAGCCUCGUCUUUUAAAGUCAAGGAGUGGUCAUCAUGCACCUCCAACUAAAAUUGAAUUUUAUGGAUCAGAUGGUCACUUUAUUCUGAGUGCAGCUGGUGAUAGGUCAUUAAGAGCAUUUUCAUUGGUGCGGGAUUCACAAAGCGUGGAAUUGUCUCAAGGAUCCAUACUCAAAAAGUUUAAUAAAUCUAAAGACCAUAUAAGAACUAUUGAUGCUCUUAAGCUACCGCAAAUAACCCAUUUUUCCUCAUCUGAGGUAAAGCAGAAAGAGUGGGAUAAUAUUAUUUCUUGUCAUAUAAAUAAUAAUGGGGCUCGAACAUGGUCAUUUCAAUCCAAAGUUAUUGGCAAACAUGUCCUUCGUACGCUUGAUGGAUCACAUAUUAAGGUUUCAAACAUAAGUGCAUGUGGAAAUUUCGGUUUCAUCGGAUCAUCUUCUGGUUAUAUUGAAAUGUUUAAUAUGCAAUCUGGCAUUCAUCGGAGAACCUUUGCUGGGGAAGAUAAACACGCAAAAGCCAUUUCUGGCAUAGCAAAUGACGCGCUUAAUCGUAUUGUGAUCAGUAGUUCUCUUGAUGGCACCGUUAAGGUUUGGGAUUUUAAUACAGCAAAAGUUAAAAGCACGAUAGAAAUCGGAUCUCCUAUAUCAGCUUUACGAUUCCAUACCGAAAAUGAUUUGUUGGCAAUUGUUAGUGAUGACCUGUGUAUUCGCGUUAUAGAUGUAGAAACUAAUAAAAUUAUUAGAGAGUUUUGGGGUCAUAAAAAUCGUAUAACAGAUUUGAUAUUUAGUCCCGAUGGACGGUGGAUCAUUUCUACAUCUCUUGAUGCUACAAUCCGUACUUGGGAUCUUCCAACCGGUCAUUUAGUAGAUAUAUUUCGAGUAGAAAAUGUCCCAACUAGUAUAACAUUCUCGCCGAAUGGCGAUUUUUUGGCAACCUCACAUGUAGAUCAUGUGGGAAUUUUCUUAUGGGUAAAUAGUACACUAUUCUCUAAUGUUACGUUGAGGAGAAUAGAUGAUGAUGAUGUUAUUUCUUUGGUUGAGCUUCCAACCACGUUGGGCAUAGAAGAUAACAAUGAAGAUUUGUUUGCGUCUAAUUCUAAUGAAAUAAAUGACGUUUCAUUUGAGACAGCGGAACAGCUCACGGAGCAAAUGAUAACUUUAUCAUCACUUCCAAAGUCUAAAUGGCAAAAUUUACUGAAUUUAGAAACUAUUAAGAAACGAAACAAACCUAAGGAGCCUCCCAAGGCUCCAGAGAGGCCACCAUUUUUCCUCCCUACUCUGUCUGGAGUUGAUCCAAAAUUUGUUCCUGCCCUUGCCUUAAACGAAUCUGAUGAAGGAAAGAAACAAAAAGGGGAUAAAACUUUAAGUUUGAAUGAUAUUAAAAUAGAAACCGAGUUUUUGAAAAUAUUAAAAAAGAAUCACUCUACUGGAGAAUACACCGAAUUCUUCAAUUAUGCAAAAACUUUAAACCCUUCCGCAAUUGACUUUGAGUUACGUAUUCUAAGUCUUGAUAACAAUUUUGAAGAUUUAACGUGUUUUUUAGAUGCGAUAAAAUCAAGAUUGAAAACUAAAAAAGAUUUUGAAAUAGUUCAAGCAUAUCUAAAUCACUUUUUAAAAAUUUACGGUGAUAUUAUUACUAGUAAUUACAAAUCGCUUGGAUGUCAUUUGGAAUCGAUAUUAAAUGAGCAUAAGAAAGAGUGGAAUAGAAUCGAUGAACUAUUGCAUUAUAAUAAUUGUAUUUUAGAAUUUUUUAGAAAGUAA